GCAAGGGGAUUAUCAAUUAUUGUAUCCAAACAGAUCUAGAAGAGAAGCUGAUCUUCUCCUUCCUUCGGCACCCUCUCCUUCCCUGAUCCACCUACUACUCCUUCUCUCUUCCUCCUAGAUCCUGAUCGGGUACGUUACAGACGCGCUGGCCAUGGCUUCCCCUCGCCAUCGCCAGGACGGAGACGGACCACACGACGGCGCGCCGACGUACGCCGGCAUGGCGAAGCUGGUGCCGGCGCUCCCGCUCGAGACGCGGUGCCCGCCGUUCGCGCUGCGGCGCUACGGCGGCUUCUGGCUGCCGGAGGCGGCCCUGCGGCGCGGCCUCCCGGCGUUGCACGCCGGGUUCGCGCCCAGGCGCGCAGACGUGCUCCUCGCCAGCUACCCCAAGUCCGGCACCACCUGGCUCAAGGCCCUCGCCUUCGCCACCGUCCGCCGCGCCGUGCACCCGCCUUCUUCCAUCGACCACCCGCUCCGCCGUCGCAACCCGCAGGACUGCGUCCCGUUCCUCGAGUUCGACUUCGACCACGGGGACAUGGCCGAGCUCGAGGCGCUCCCUUCCCCGCGGGUGCUCGCCACGCACCUCCCCUACUCGCUCCUCCCCGACCGCGUCGUCGCCGACGACGGCGCGCGGAUCGUGUACGUCUGCCGGGACCCCAAGGACGCGCUGGUCUCCUCGUGGCUCUUCACCAGGAAAGCGUCGCCGAGUGUCGGAGUGGACUCCGACUCCUACUCGCUGCAGGAGGCGGCCGAGCUUUUCCGCGAGGGCCGGUGCUUCUACGGCCCUCAGUGCCGGCACGUGCUCGAGUACUGGGACGCGAGCCGCCGUCCCUUCGGCGGCGGCGAGGUGCUGUUCCUGAGGUACGAGGAGAUGCUGCGCGACCCGGCGGGGAGUCUGAAGACGAUGGCGGAGUUCAUGGGAUGCGGCUUCUCCGAGGAGGAGGUGGCGCGAGGGGUGGUGGACGAGAUCGUGGACCUGUGCAGCCUGGAGAAGCUGAAGAACAUGGAGGCCAACAGGGACGGGCGGCGGAACGCGUCGGGCAUCAGGAGCGACUCUUUCUUCCGGAAGGGGGUCGCCGGGGACUGGAGCAGCCACAUGUCGCCGGAGAUGGGGAAGAUGCUGGACGAGGCCGUCGAGGAGGCACUCCAGGGGUCUGGGUUCAGCUUCUCUGGCUGAGCUCCGGCGAGCACUGGCCAGGGCGGUAGUGCGGGGCAAACAACAAUGUCAUUGCAAAGCACGGCUUGGAACACAUGUUUUGUGGCGAUCCAUGGAUUUAAGGCGCGAGUUUGAUUCCAGUUUCUUGCUCGAAAGUUGAUUGUCUUGUAAGUUCAAACAGUAGUUUGAUAACUCAUUCCAAAUGUUUCUUUCCCAAA